CACACUCCCGGUAUUGUUGCAGAUUGGUCUGUUAAUAGAAGCUGUAUCGAAAAUAUGUGAAAACAAAAGUUAGAAUCAGGUGAGUGUUUCCUGUCUCUUUCCUCUUUACCAAUCAUAUUGACAGAAAAGCACACACUCUGGCAGAAGGUCAUGCACAUGCUGUAAACAAAGCUUCAAUAACUCUGUUUUACUCUGCCCUCAACCACGUACCGCCACAUACCCGCUUAUGUCUGAUUUCCUUCUUUUAGCAGCACAUCAAUCUCUCGGUGCUAUACACUACCGCUGGGGCUCGCUCUCUCGCUAAGCGACUAAUGUUUUACGUCCGUCGAGAGUCGUCAUUACGGUGGAACACCUUGUUUUGACAGCUCUUUGGCAGGCCGUUUCUGCUUCAAUCUUCGGUCUCCCGAAACAGACGGGCCACUGCGGCUUGGAGCGCAUUCCAGCGGGGAGCUGGGGGUGAGUGAGGUGCUGUCCCACCAGGAAUAUGAUGCGUUUUUCUUCUCGCCAUUUCCCCCCCCCUUCUACAGAUCGCACCUGUGUUUGUGCUCAUGGCGUGCACGCAUUUAAGUACCCCGAUGACAACACAGUGUAAACGGAAAACAAGAAGCCAUUCCACCAAGCAACCUUACUGGACCUUAUACAUUGAAAGUCGAUUAGAAUGCAAUUUUUUAUAAAUUAUAAUAACGCAUCACCAUUUGCUUACAUCACAGCUAAUUCUUCUACAUGCUACGCUCCACCUAGGUGACUUUUACUGGGCUCCUGAGGUGGUGAUGUUGGAAACCAGUUUGUUAUAACGUUUGCAGAAAAUGACAGAUGACCUGCUGGUGCUCCAUGUAGGAGAUGUCCCUGAGUGUGUGUGGUGACGGUUGGUUUAACCUGUGCAAAUUGAUUACUCAAUGUGCAACAGGUGUGCAGCCUCACCCAGCCCCAGAGUCCAAUCAGACUCGGCCAGGUGAGGCUGCUUCAACCAGCCACCAUCCACACACACGCUCAACAUAUGACAUCACUCUUGCUCCUAAACACUUAUUCAAAGUGAAGGUCCCAAAAGGUAAAGAUCAACAUUCAACCUCAAGAUUGAAGAAGUUACUCGAGAACGAGAAAGCUUACCAGGCCAAGAAGGAGAGGGAGCACUCCAAGCGACUGGCCAAGGUGCGCGAGGAGCUGGUGAAGCUAAAGUCCUUUGCCCUGAUGCUGGUGGAUGAGCGGCAACUUCACCUGGAGCAGAUGGACAAACACGGGCAGCACGUCCAGGAGCUAGGCCUGCAGCUGCAGCAGCGGGAACAGGCCCUCGGUGAAGCCGGCACCCGUGCCCAGGAGGACAGCCAAAGGGCGGUGGGUCUGGAGACCGAGCUCCGGGAGAAAUCAUCCACGUUCACCCAGCAGCAUGAGGAGAUGAGCGCCAAGCUGGCCGACCAGGAGGCCCAGAACCGCCAGCUCGACGCCAAACUUUCAGGUCUUGUGCACCAGGUGGCGGAGCUUGAGGAGAGCAACAAGACGCUGAAGAAAUCGGAGGAUGAGCUGCAGGAGCUGAGAGAGAAGAUCAGCAAAGGCGAGUGUGGAAACUCCACGCUGAUCACUGAGCUGGAGAACCUGCGGAAGCGGGUGCUGGAGAUGGAGGGUAAGGAUGAGGAGAUCACCAAGACUGAGAGGCAGUGCAAAGAGCUGAGGAAGAGGUUCCAGGACGAGGACAGCAAGAGCAAAGUCCUCCGGCUGGAGGUGGAGAAGCUCCAGAAGAGAAUGGUGGAACUAGAGAGGCUGGAGGGUGCGUUCAGCAUCAGCAAGACUGAAUGUACCCAGUUGAACACUGCACUGGAAAGGGAGAAGGGGCUGACGAAGGAGCUGUCGGAUGAGCUGGUAGCUCUGCGGAUUCGAAUGAAAGAGGUUGAGUCUUCCGAGUUGCGGCUAGAAAAGUCUGAACUGAGCCUCAAAGAUGACCUGAGUAAACUGAAGUCGUUGACAGUUGCUUUGAUGGAUGAAAGAAAGAAUCUAAUGGAUAGGAUGAAGUCCGAGGAGAAGAAAAAGGAGGAUUUAGGCAAUAUGUUCAAAAUUGAACAGAGAAAGGUUACGGAGGUCACUGAAAGACUAAUAGAUGAGAGCAAAAAGUUCCUGAAGUUAAAAUCUGAAAUGGGGAACAAAGUAGAAACUCUAACCAGUGAGAAUAGAGAGUUGAGCACCAAAAUAUUGAAUGAAUUGGAUACAAAUAAAGACCUAAACUGCAAGAUCAACCAACUGAAAAAGAGGUUAGAUGGGUUGGACCCAGCAGAAAAGUCACCGCUUAAAAACAUAGGAAGAUGUGAACUGGGUAGAGGAUCUGGCUCUGCCAUAGCAGAUGACAACAAAUUAGUGGAACUGACCUUUGAAAUUGAACAGCUGAAGAAACGCCUCAAACAACUCGAGGUGGUAGAGGGCGACUUGAUCAAGACGGAGGAUCAGUGCGACCUCUUAGAGAAAAAGUUCCUCACCGAACAAGACAAGGCUAACAUCCUCUCCCGGCAGAUUGAAGAAAUGAGGAGUCAGAUCGCACGGAACAAAGCUAUAGAGAAAGGAGAGGAGGAUUGUCCCAGAGAAGAUCUCCAACAAUGCUGUAAGCGAGAGGAGGCCAUGACCAAAGACCUCCAAGCUGACGUUGUGGCUCUCAAGGAGAAGAUCCAUGAGCUCAUGAACAAAGAAGACCAGCUGUCUCAGCUCCAGCUAGAUUACUCAGUGCUGCAGCAAAGGUUCUUGGAAGAAGAGGAGAAAGCCAAGAACAUGAGCAUCGAGGUCAUUCACCUGACCAAAGAGCUGGACGUGACUAAACGACAAAGCCGAGCCUUAAGGCCCAGCAUGAAUGGGAGGAGGAUGAUGGACAUCGCUAUGACUUCGACGGCAGUGCAGACGGACGUGUUGCCCAUGGAUACGGCAGAGGAGGAUUGCCCAGCUGUUUUCAUCAGGAAGUCGGUCCAAGAAGAGAAUCAUAUCAUGAACAACUUCAGACAGAAGUGUCUCAAGAAGUCAUCUGAAAAGCUCAGUGCCCUUGAACGCAGCCCUUCAUCCACCAGUGACAUGGGUGUAAAGAAGUCUUGGAUCCCAUGGAUGAGGAAAAAGGAGACGGCCCCGUCAGGGAACAGCCUAGAAAAGCCAUUGCACGUCAAUGGAGACGCUUUGCCCACUGAACUGACAAUGAUCCAGAAACAAGGACAGCCAGUGCACAUCCGGGUGACGCCCGAUCACCAGAACAGCACCGCGACCUUGGAGAUCAGCAGCCCCACGGGUGACAGCUUCUUCUCCAGCUCUGUCCCACUCAGCCCCAACUCGUCUCACCCCAAGUCUAAAAUCACAAUCAUUCCCACCCACUCUGCAUCCAACCAGAGGGUGAAGUCUUUCACUGGGAUCCGAGGCCCAGAGAGAGCAAAGUCCCCGGUCACAAUCACGACAAUAUCCAGGGCCAAGUCCCCCGAUGGCGGCAGGGUCUGCUCCGCCGCAUCGGGGAGGCCCUUGUCACCGAUCUCCAUCACGACGGUGAGCACGGCUGUCGUACCCGACCACUCGGCCUCUCCGGAACCCCAGGAGAUGACCAUGGGCCGUGCCGUGUUCAAGGUCACGCCAGAAAAGCAGAUGGUCCCGGUGGCCAUCAGGAAGUGCCACACUAACCUCAUCACCACCAGUGAAGACAGCAAGAUACACAUCCACCUAGGUAACAGCGCCGGCCCCAAAAUGGUCGUCAGACCCGUGGCGGAGGGCAAAGAGAUGACCUUGUCCACCGGGACAGUUUUGCGUUCGCCGCGUCAAAUCACCACCACCAGCACCACCACGGCCAGGGCCACCGCCAUCAAGGCCAGCAAUAGUAUAACCAUCACUCCCGUGUCAUCAAGCAGUCGGCCUUCACAAAGCAUGACCGGGCAUGAAGCCCAAACCACUCGUACCGGGUUGACCCGGAUCCCCAUGUCCAAGAACCUGAAGACGGGGAAGACGGUGCUGGGCAUGUCCGGUGGAGUGAGGCUAGAGAGUCAGUCCAUGAGGAUAGAGGUGAAGAAGUCCACGGUGAACAGCGGUGCCCUUCAAAAUGGAGGAAAGGCCUAAGUAGAAGAGAUCGAUGGUGAUGGGUCUGUAAUGUAAAGUGCUGAGUCAGUGUGAGCUACUAAACCAUAGCUUUUGAGUGGACCCUGUGAUGUACAUGCAAAACAUGGUUCUGCAUAGAGUUACAGGCAAUUUGUAGCACAAGAAACACUCAGCUGUUUCCUCAAUCAACUUAAGGACUCGCGGAACCGUUGUACUUCAAAUAAUGACACAUUUUUAACUAGGUGCCAAUGUAUUUGUGUUUGUGUUCAUAUUUAUUUCUGAAAUGUAGAUGGAAAAACAAUGUCUGAUAUCCACAGUGUGAUUGUAGUUCGAGUGAAAUGUCAGGGUUUUCUAUUGCAACAUAUGCAUCAGUUGACUCACAAGUGUUUAUACAUUCUAAAUAUAUUUUGUAAAUGUUUUACUAGAAUAUUGUAUUGUACAUGUAAGUAACGCUUUCUUUAUAUCUAAAGGAUUUUGUAAUAAAAGGUAAUUUAAAUAAAAUACUUUAUAUGGAUAAUCAGAUGCGUCCAAUUUAUGUUGUAUGUAUUUGUAUUUGUGUAUUUUUGUUUCCUCCUGAAAAUUAAAUAUUGAGAAAUGUUAA